AAAUUAUCCCGCCAUGGCUACCGCACUGAUCGUCUUCGUCGUUUGCCUAACGGCUUCCCUAAUUCAAGGGGUUCCGCACGGUUCCAAACCGGGGCUAAGGAUUGUGGGCGGUGAGGAUGCCGACAUCCAGGACUAUCCCUACCAAGUAGCGUUCUUCAGAGACGACGAACUCGUUUGUCAGGGUUCGAUCGUCGCACCCAGCUAUGUACUCACCACCGGUCACUGUUACUACGACAUCGAAGGCAAUCGCCUCGAAGGCAACUAUUCGUUGCGCGUCGGAAGCAGUCAGCUCUCGUCUGGAGGUCAGGUGUUGGCGAUCUCUGAAGUAAUCUUCUACGAACCGUAUCAGAUGUUCCUCAGUGACUUGGCUCUGCUUAAACUGGAGACUCCUUUAGAGUACGGACCGUCCGUCCAAGCCGUUCGAUUACCCGAAAAAGACCGAGAGCUGAGAAGCGACGAACCUGCGGUAGCAACCGGCUGGGGUUCCACCAUCGUUUAUCCAGAGGCAUCUGAGCAGUUGCAACAGGUCGAGCUCAAUGUCGUCCUUCACGACGACUGCAAACCGAACUACGGAGUUCUUCUCGGCGAUAAUUCAUUCUGCGCUCAGUACGCCCCUGGAGGUAGAGGAAUCUGCGCGUACGACAGCGGGGCGCCAUUGGUCGCCAACGGGACACUGAUAGGUGUGGGAGAAAUCAGCUUGGAAUGCGGCAACUUUAUCGGACUGCCAGGAGGUGCCUUUGCCAACGUCGCCCUCUACAGGGACUGGAUAGCGAGCGUUAUCGGCGUGUAGAACGAAUAAAAUAUUCUAAACCCACUUUGUAGCCUAAUUCUCCG